ACUGCCUCUGCCUCUCCAGAAGGACAGGUCUUUCAGAGAGCAGCAGCCACAGCAGCUGUCAGCCUUCACAGAAAACGUCUUCAUCAUGGCUUAUAAAGCAGCACAUUUGGCCUUUAAGUCGCGCUGGGACAAGACAGAUGAAGAACUCUGUAGGCAUAGCAUGUCCUUCAUUUUGCAUAAGGCAAUCCGAAAUGAUUUCUUUCAGAGUUACCUUUAUCUGCUGGAAAAGCUUCCCCUGGUGAAGCUGUACGCUUUGACAAGUCAAGUUAUCAAUGGGGAGAUGCAGUUCUACGCCAGGGCCAAACAUUUCUACCGGGAGGUGCCAGCCACAGAAGAGGGCAUGAUGGGAGACUACAUUGAGCUCUCCAAUAUAGACGUUGAAUCCUCCAGGGAGUUUCUCAGGAAUUUUGUUGGGGGGGUGGGGAAAGCUGACACCAACCGUGCCCUGGACUGCGGCUCCGGGAUAGGGCGUAUCAGCAAGCACGUCCUGCUGCCAGUUUUCAAGAGUGUGGAACUGGUUGAUAUGAUGGAGAAUUUCCUGGCUGAGGUCCCAAACUACCUGCAGGGCAAAGAGGACAGAGUAGAGAUGUAUUACUGCAAAGGCCUCCAGGAAUUCACUCCAGCUCAACAAAGAUAUGAUGUCAUCUGGAUUCAGUGGGUUUCAGGCUAUCUGACAGAUAGAGACCUCCUGAAGUUUCUGAUCCGGUGCCAGGAUGGUUUGAAGGAUAAUGGUGUUAUUAUUCUCAAGGACAAUGUGGCCAGGGAAGGCUGUGUCCUGGAUUGUCUGGAUAGCAGUGUGAUCCGAGACCUGAACAUCCUGCACAGCCUGAUUGCCAUGAGUGGCCUCACCAUCCUGAGAGAGGAGAGGCAGGAGGGCUUCCCUGAGCAGUGUGUCCCUGUCUGGAUGCUGGCCAUGCAGAAGGCUCCUGGCCAGUCCUGAUUGCAUCAAGAGCUGCAGAGACUGUGGGGAAGCCACAGGACUGGGAAGGAGAAAAGAAUCCACUGGAAUCCUCCUAACCAUGCACUGCUACUCCUGCAACUCUGGGACAACAACUCCUCAAGGACUGGAAGAGAAUUACACCUAAGCCAGCUUCUCCAGGGCAUAGUCUGCUUCUAAAUCCUGCCUGCUUCACCAUUCUCCCCUUUUUUUUUUUUUUUAAAGUCUUUCUCAUAACUCCUUGUCAGAUCUCUCUUUCAUUAAGGAGUCAAUACUGGACAGAACUCAACUAACAGAAAAUAAUCAGGUCUGAAUUUUGUGGCUAAUACAUUUUGGAGUGUUCUGUGUGAGGUGUUCAUGAAUAAACCUGGUUUUUACUAUGGCACU